AUGCGCCGAGGGGGCGCGGCCGCGGCGGCUGCGCCGGCCGCGGGCGGCGGAGGGGCGGGCGCUGCGCCGGCGCCCGCGGGGGCAGCCCUCGCAGCGGGCGUGGUCGCGCCGGCCCGGCCCCCGGUGCUGGCGGGAGGCGCCGGGGGCGCCGUCCCCGCGCCCGUGGUCAACUGGCGCGUCGCCCAGGAGUGGAGGGGCUACCACUACGGCGACGUGAUCUCCCCCCCGGCUGUCUCCGCGGGGACGGGCACUCCCGCCCGAGGAGUCGCUCCAUUCGCAGAUGGGUCGUCGUUCUUCGUCGAGUGGGACACCGUCGGUGACGAGUCGGACUCCGCCGACCAAGCGGUGGCGCCCGGCUGCCUCCUGUUGUCGGUCCGCCUCGAUCGUGCGGGCAGGCCCUUCCGGACGCUCGAGAGGCCCGUCGAGGGCGGCCGCCAGGAGCUCCUCUCCGACGUCAUCGCGCCGAGGACGACCAAGUGGGGCCUCGAGCACCUCGCAUGCGAAGGCCGCCCGCUCGAGCCCCACUUCGCGCACGGCAAGAAGCGGCGCGGCCUGCGGGACACUCAGUGGGGCAUGGAAGAGUACGCCAGGGGGAUCAGCUACUUAGAGGCGUUGCUCCAGCACGAUCAGGUGGACGCGUCCCAUGUCCUAUCGGCGGAGGAGAUGCCCCGCCGGCUGCAGACGAUCGAGUACUGCUACUGCGACAAGCGGCGCGAGAGGACGGCGGGCUCUCCCGGGGGGAGGCCCCCCGCCGACGAGCGGGCCGCCUUCGGCGCCACCGCCCGGGCCGCGCCGAGGCUCAGGGUGUCGCCCGCGCCCCUCGAGAGCGUCAAGCUGGGGCUGGAGCGCGACGCCUCGCUGGCCAGGGGCCUCCUGAAGGCGCGUGAGGCCCGGGAGUCGCUGGGCUGGCGGACGCAGGGCCAGGGGCAGGGCCAGGGGUCUGGAGGGGGAGAACCCAACAUGACUGGGGAUGCUCGGCCAGCCGUCGCGCCGCCGGGAGAUUUUGACAGGAACGUGGGAAUGGACCUGCUGCCCUUCCCCACGGAGCUCCUCACCUCGCCGGGGCCACCUGCGCCUGGGCUCUCGCGAGGUUGCCGGCAGAGAGUCGGCCGUCGGCAGCGUCGUCACGCCGACGUUCUUCGGUGCUUGGAGGGUCUCAACACGCUGUACGGCCGUCGCGAUGGGGUACCUGUGCCAACUGAGCUGAGCCGCGGGCAGCAGCGUAUGCUCGAGCAUGUUGAAUCCUCUGUCUCUUUCCUGGGGCCUCCCCCGGAUGAUUUGUCGCAGGCGGCAGCCCUCCAGGCGCUGCGCCUCGGCCUCCCCUACGACGCAGGAGGGGGCCCCGUGGGCUAUGAAGCCUCCCGCGUGUCCCUCCCAGCAGCUGGGUCGGUUCCGACUCCGCUCGCUCGGCUUUGGGGAUCCGGCGGGGAAAGCACUGUUGCACGCUUUGUUGAGUCGCAAGUUUUGCCCAUCGACGUGGCUCGCGCGAAAUUAAAGGACUCGGGCCCCCGUCGGCCCUACGGCGACCCUCGCCUCCGCUCCCCUGCUCUAUACGGCGAAUUCAUUCAGCGAUUGGUCGAAGCUGGCGUAGUUGAGCUGACGCUCGAGCGGGCUACCGAGGUGGUGGAUUGCUUCUUUGUGAAGAAGGGUGGCGGCAGGCAGCGCCUGGUCGAUAUAAAAGACGCUUUCUAUCACAUGGAGCUCCCGGCGGGGCUCCGGCAGUUCUUCGGGCUGCGAAAAAUUCGGGCCUCGUGGGCGGGCAUCUCUCAUCUCCGGGGCGUCCGGGUGUCCCCGGGGACCUGGGUCACCCCUCGGAUGCGGGCCCUGCCCAUGGGCUGGUCUUGGGCCCUGUGGUGGUGCCAGGCUAUCCACGAGCGGGCGGCCGAGUACGUUGAUAACUAUGUUGUGUUUUCGACGAGCGAGGCGGUGGUCCGCGAGCGCUUGGCAGGAGUGUCUCGAGCCCUCGAGGCCCGCGGGCUGCCUCUGCAUAAAGACUCUGUCUCAUGCGGUCGGGAUGUCGUGCUGGGGUGGGAGAUCGACUGCCUUCGGCGCACCUUCCGCCCGACCCCCGAGCGCGUCUGGAAGGCUCGUCUCGCCAUUCGGGGUCUUUUGGCGCGGGCCUCGGUCUCUGGAGGGGACCUGGAGCGCCUCCUGGGCCAUUUGUGUUUCAUCGGCCUGUGUAGGCGAGAGUCGCUCAGCGUCUUCAAAUAUUGUUACAGGUUUUGUGAGGCCGCGCGGAGAUGCCCAGCCCGGGGGCCUCGGGCCCUCUGGGCCUCAGCGCGGAAGGAGCUCGACACCUGGGACCGUAUCGCCCCGCUCAUCUGGGUCAACACUUCAGCAGGUACCUGUCCUGACGUCGUUGUGGUGGACGCAUCGCCGUGGGGCCUUGGGGCCGUUCGGGGACGACCGCCGGUGGCCCUGGUCAAGGAGGCCUGCCCACACUCGGAGCGAGCUGGGGCUCGGGAGGCGGCCCGAGAGGGGCUGCCACCCCGAGAGCGUGCUUUCGCCGCGGCCGCUGCGCAGCUGCACGGGGGUGAAGGGGAGGCCGACGGGCGGAUCCUAAUGGAGCACGUGCGGCCCCAGACUCGGCGAGACCGGCCCGAAAGCGAGUUCGACCGCCGGCACCGGGAGCCGUUCGAGGACGUCCCCUUGGACCUCUUGAGGACCCCCUGGAAGGUGUGCGGGAGGCAGAAGUGGAGACGGCCCUCGGGGUCUAUGCCGGCCCUGGAAGCGGAGGCGCUGUUGUACGGGGUCCGCCACCUCCUGAGGUCCGUCGCCAACUUGGGCUCGAGGCUGCUCGUGAUAGGGGACUCGAUCUCCGCCUCCCUGGCCGCCGCGAAGGGGCGGUCCUCCUCCGAAGGCAUGCUCUCGGUGACCCGCCGGCUGGGCGCCCUGCUGCUGGGGACCGGCAGCCUCCUGCGGUCGCGCUGGAUCGCGUCGGAGCUCAACCCUGCGGACGGGCCGUCGCGCGGCCGCCCGGCGCCGAGCGAUCCGCUUGCCGGCCUGCGGCGCGAGCUCGCAGCCGCCGCCGACGAGGGCCGUGAGGCUGGCGCGCGGCAGGUCCGACAGGUGCGGGCGGGGCGCGCUGCCGAGCUGGCUGCUGGGCGGGCCAUGGAGGCCCGGAUGGGUUUGCUUCGGAGGGCCUCGGCAUCGGCAAAGAUUCAGGCCCAGUACUCUCUCUACCUGGCCGCCCUGCGCAGGUUCUCCAACUCCCGCAGGGACCGCCCGAUCACCGGAAAGGAGAGGGACAUCUCCUCCGCGGGCUGGAUGGAGAUCAUGUUCAAGGGAGGCGGCUCGCUGAGCGCGGGCGAGAAGCUUCUGGCGUCGGUGCGGUGGGCCAGGCCCCGCCUCAGCAGGCUGGGGGACAGGCGGAUGCCCAUCUGCCGGCAGUGCCCGCGGGGAAAGCGCCGUGCUGCCCCGGCGGGAGGCCGCCUGCCCCUGCCCUACGACGUGGUAGCGCUGCUGGCGAGCUGGAUGAACCGCCAGAGGCUGCGACCCCACUCGCUGGCGGGCCUCAGGAUGAUGGAGCUGAUCUCGCGCCCGGGGGAGCCAUUCCUGCUACGGAGCCGCGCCGUGGUGGCGGGAGCCCUCAGCGGAGCCCGCGAGAGGACUCCCACAUCGGUGCUGCUCCACCUGAUCGAGAUGCGGACCCCGCCCAAGAGCCGGGAGUUCGACCAGGCGAUCGUCGUCGACCUCGACCGGCAGGCGGCGCUCGCGGACGCCCUGGUGAGGCCGCCGCUGCCUGGCGCCUGGGGCCCCAUCGGGCUGCUCGAGGCCUGCCGCUUCCGGCACACGGGGGCGAGCGUCGCCUCCGCGACCGGCGCCCGGCGGCUGGUGAAGCUCCAGCGCCGCGAGCGGUGGCGGUCAACCCUGAGCCUCCGGCGCUACUGGCACGGGGGGCGCCUGGCCGCCCUCUUGCGCCGCCUGCCGCCCGACGCGCAGCGGGCAGGCGCCAUCCUUGGGCCGCUGAGGGCGCCGACCAUCGCCGUGUUCCUCGAGCUGUUCGCAGGCUCGGGCCACCUGUCCGACGCCGUGGGACGGGGGAACGUCCCCACCCUGCGCUGGGACAUCUUGUACGGCCCCGCCUACGACCUGCGCGACCCCAGGAACGCCCGCCUCAUUCGGGGCUGGAUUCGGGCGGGGCUCGUCUGCGGCCUGCAUGCUGGCUUUCCCUGCGAGACUUUCUCGCGGGCACGGGACCGCCCCAACGGCCCACCCCGUCUCCGGUCGCAGGAGCACGUCUGGGGGCUGCCCAGUCUCCCCAUCGAGGGCGUCGACUUCCAGAAAGUGAAGUGGGGCAACUUGUACGCGCGGCUCACGAUCUCGUUCUGCGUGCUGUGCUGCCAGUGUUUCGUCCCUUGGUCCCUUGAGAACCCCGCGCUGAGCUACGCGUGGCAGCUGCCGCCAAUGCUUGCCCUGCUCCGACGCCAGCAGGUCACGUCCCAGGUGAUCGAGUACUGCCGGUUCGGGGCGCCCUGGAGGAAGAGCACCAAGAUCGUGGCGUUUCUCCUCGACCUGGCGCCCUUGGCCAAAUUCAGGUGUGUAGGGCCCGUCUGUGUCAUCACAGGGCAGAAGCAUCAGGAGCUGUCCGGGAAAGACGCUUCAGGCAGGUUCCGCACAAAGUUGGCCGAAGCAUAUCCUCGUAAGCUCUGCAAUAUCCUCGCCAGAGCGUACGCAGAUGAAAAGGCCAGGUCCCGGGCUGGGCAGUUCUCCGCUUUGAUUGGCCGCGCUGCUCGAGCGCUCGAAGGCCCGUGA